GGCUUAAAACUAACGGCACGUUUCGCUCCGCUCAAAAGCCACGGCCACCACCCAAAUGCUACUCGAAUCAAAGCUUUCUUCUUGGUGUCUACGGCUCUAUGGGCAUUGAGUAGGACAAGCAGCGCAGGCCAAAAGCCAUUUCAAUUUCUACACCAAAUUUAUUCUUCCAAAUUUGCCACCUCAUUUGACACGCCCGCCACUACCACUUCCAUUACCAUUACCUCCCGAAAAUCGUACAUAUAACCCUUUCAAAUUCCCCAUACUCGCCAUCUGUUUCCCUCCUCCGUCCUCCCACCCUCGCCCAACUAGACAUUCCAUUCUUCUCCCUUGCCAUCCAGCUGAUUGGCAGCUGUCUGUCUGAAGCUCAGGAUCAUUCUUGCUUCCUUGAUCAAUAAAGAUAUCUUUAGAAUGAACAUCUCAUGCUUCUUUACCCAAGUUUGUUCAAGUAUUAUGGCAAGAAGUUGUUAUAUGCAAGGCUAGCUUACUUGGAGCCUAGUGUCCGUUAAAAGCAGAUAUUUCUUGAGUUUGGAAGAAAAGAAGCAAUUAUGUCUGAACCGGGAUCAGAUUAUACUCCAUGGGGUUUAAAUAUUUUUGAUGUAGACCAUAAUUUCACUUCCAAUUACUACGGGAAUAGCAAUCCAUAUGAUGUAAACAUCUCUUCUGAACAAUAUAUGAGCGACUGUGAUUAUGAUACUACUGGACAUGCCUUGGGAGAUGAAUUCACACGGUUAUCAGUUGGAGACUCUCCUGAAACCUUGCCUAUAAUACAUGAAUACUAUCAAGGCUCGACUGCCAGUGAAGACUGUCACAGUCCAUCAAGGCCCUACUAUUCUGGUUAUAGAUUUGGUCCAGUAGAUAUGGAUGAUGCAGCACCUUCAACUUCCUAUUCUGGUCCUGAAGAUGGAUCUUUUGAUAGGGAAAUGUAUUCUUAUGAUUUGGAGAUAACAGAGGAGUCUGAGCUUGAUGGAGAGGUCGGAAAGAGGCUAAACCAAAUGAUUCCUGUUCCUCAUGUUCCUAGAAUUAAUGGAGACAUUCCUUCAGUUCAUGAAGCAACUUCUGAUCACCAAAGGCUGCUGGAUAGAUUGCAGUUAUAUGAUUUGGUAGAGCACAAAGUUCAAGGAGAUGGCAACUGUCAGUUUCGGGCUUUAUCAGAUCAAGUUUAUCGUACCCCAGAACACCAUGAAUCUGUCCGGCAGCAAGUUGUCAGUCAGCUUCAAGCUCACCCGGAGAUGUACGAGGGAUAUGUUCCUAUGGAGUAUAGUGAAUAUAUAAACAGGAUGUCCAAGAAUGGUGAGUGGGGUGAUCAUGUUACAUUGCAAGCAGCUGCACAUAUGUAUGGCAUGAAGAUUUUUGUCGUUACUUCAUUUAGAGGCACUUGUUACAUUGAGAUUCUUCCGAAGGUUCAGAAGUCGAAAAGAGUAAUUUGCCUCAGUUUUUGGUCGGAGGUGCACUACAACUCAAUUUAUCCCCAAGGAGAUCUGCUUUUGAGUGAUUUUAAGAAGAAGAAGAAGUGGCGGUGGUUUGGAAACAAGCACUAGAGGAGUUGGACAGUACCAGAUAUACGCAUAUUUGUUAGUGCGAAACUCUCUGGAUGGUUAUAUAGUCGCAGAUGCAAGAUUGACUUAUAUGUAUGUUUAUGCGUUAUCGUAUAGUAUAGUUUGCGGUGUGGUAUAGGUCACAUUCAAUCUAUCAUGUGGUGUCUACGUCAUUGACCCUGUGACUAAGAGGUGCAUGCUAAUUUUCCCAUCCUAGCAUGUUUGGGGCUUAAUAAAGUUGGAUUACGGUGUAAUUCGAUAUAGUAAACGAUGAAAAAUAAUAGGGCAUCAUCAAGAUUUAUGUGAGAGAAACAUUUCAACU